UGACCUUCGACAACCAUGUCCAAACAUCACCCAGAUCUCAUCAUGUGCAGGCGGCAGCCAGGCAUUGCCAUCGGCCGUCUGUGUGAGAAGUGCGACGGAAAAUGUCCUGUCUGUGAUUCCUACGUACGCCCCGAGACCCUUGUCCGCAUCUGUGACGAAUGCAACUUUGGCACUUACGGAGGACGGUGCAUCAUCUGCGGCUCUCCUGGUAUCUCUGACGCGUACUACUGUGCCGAGUGCACAAGGCUAGAAAAGGACCGCGAUGGAUGUCCGAAGAUCGUCAAUCUUGGAGCAAGCAGGACAGAUUUGUUCUACGAGAGGCGUCGUUUAGGCUUCAAGAAGGGCUAGCCGCACGCUCGUCUAUGCAUUCACCAUGUAUCAUAGUUUCCUCGUCCCUUGUACCUCCUGUAUGAUAACAUAAGUGU